CGCUGCCAAGGCGCCCAGUGUAGCGCGCAGCUCAGUGGCCGAGGACGGGGAAAGGCAUACAGUCGCUCGGCUUGUCGCGUGUCGACGUUGGCUCUACGACCGUCACGAUGCGGAUCGCUUGCCUCCAGUUCGCUCCCCAGGUGGGAGACGUCGACAACAACUUGAACCGCGCCGACUCUGUGUUAUCAAAGGCAAAUCCAGACGAUUUGGAUCUUCUCGUUUUACCCGAGCUGGCUUUCUCCGGGUACAACUUCAAAUCACUGCAGGAUAUCACGCCUUUCCUCGAACCCUCUGGCUCGGGCAUCACAUCGCUCUGGGCGCGCACAAUCGCCCUCAAGUACAACUGCUAUGUGACGGUUGGCUAUCCCGAAAAGGUCGAUGUUUCUCCAAAAUGGCCCACGGGUCCGGAGUACUACAACUCUGCCAUUGUAGUCAAUGGCGAUGGCGAGACCAUUGCGAAUUACCGCAAGUCUUUUCUCUACUACACAGACGAGACCUGGGCCUUGGAAGGCAACCGUGGUUUCUACGAUGGCUAUCUCCCUGGGCUUGGGAACACAUCGAUAGGGAUAUGCAUGGACUUGAACCCGUACAAAUUCGAGGCCCCUUGGCAUGCCUUUGAGUUUGCAUUUCAUGUCUUGGAAGUCGAGUCCAACCUGGUGAUUGUCUCCAUGGCAUGGAUGACGAGAGAGGAUCGCCGAUGGUUCAGCCGCAUGCCUAAUGAGCCUGACAUGGACACGUUGACGUACUGGGUCACACGACUUGAGCCUCUCAUCCGCUCCGAGAAUCAGGAUGAGAUCAUCGUCGUGUUCUGCAACAGGACGGGCACUGAAGAUGAAGCAACGUACGCAGGAACGAGUGCCGUCAUAGGCAUUCAGGACGGCGAGGUCAAAGUCUACGGCCUGUUGGGCAGAGGCGAGAAGGAGCUGCUGGUUGUGGACACCAACGACACACCCUACGCAAAGCUUGUGUAUCGACCCGAGGCCGAUGGCACCAGCAAAAGUGCCGGCUCCCUCGAGAAGCCCACAGACAAGCACAGCAGAUCAGAUGCCGGGUCGGGCAAAGGGUCCGGCGAGCCCAAGCCCGCCGAAGGAAAGAGAAAAUCCAGCGAAGAGCCGACAACCGGCGAGGGUGCUUCGCAGUCUACCCAGGAGCACAAGUCCAGCCGGUCGUCCUCCAAGGACCGCCGCACCCGAGGUCGGUCCCCGGCUCACAAAUCGUGCCCCAUUCCGCCGUUGCCUGAACUUCCAGACGACUUGAAGCAUGAAGCCUUGUCGAAAAGGCGGAGGGCCCCGGCGAUAACCAUACCAUCGCCCCCGGACUUGAUGUCCAACGAAGAUUCGACUACAUCGCCUGAUAUUCCCACGCCGUCAGCCCCCAGCCCAACGCCUAUGGCCAUUCGACCGAAACUCAUCAUUCCGGAAUCGCCGCAGUCGCUUCCACUCUUGUAUCCCAUCAGUGCCGCAUCGGAAAGGUCUGAGAGAUCUGUUCAGUCAGUGAGGUCUGACGAAUCUGAAGCGUCCGUGCAAACGGUGAAAUCGAACCCACGCCCGCCUGAAGACAGUACGCCAUAUCCUCACAGCGGCGCACCACUGAGCGGCUACCCGGACAGCAAGUAUCAUCCCAACAAACGGAUCUACGGGGGCCACGUCACAAUCUCCCGGGCACUCGAGGGUUUCAGUCCAACGACGCCAUUUGAAGACACCUCACCAGCUUCCCCACGCUGGUUCUGGAGACCGUCCGAUACUCUCCUGAGAACCCCCAACCCUGUAGGAGGAUGGCAGCCUGGAACACCGAUUGGGAGAAAGGCCGAUCCAUUUCCAUGGCCAACGAUUGAAGAAAUCGCUCGCGACGCGAAGAAGUCGCUCGAAGAAGCCCGGGCGAAGAGCACCCAUACACCACAGGAGACGAGGCAGCGCAACUCGCAGUCGCCCCAAUCAAACACGUCAUCCAAUAAGACGAAGAACUCUGGGUCUUCGAGAGGGACUGCCAAGGGCGCUUCCAAGAGCGACAGCAUGCCUGCUCGACCAUCGUCUCCCAAAUCGCGAAACGCCAGCCGCUCUCGUAACCAAGAUCGAUCUGACUCUGCCAUGAGCCAGCACGCUGUCACUGCGGCUAUAACGCAGCAUCUGGAGCACAUUUCCCAGCGAGCCGAGUCGGUGAGCAAGAUGAGAGCCGCUUCGACAAACGCAACGCCGGUACCUGAACGGCCUUCAUCGCGGAAUUGUAGCGGCAGCCGUCCCAGCGACGCCGCCGACUUUCGCAACGACAAGCAGACUAUCCAGAUCGGAGUCAGCCCAAGCAUUCUGGACGGUGACGAUGCCAGCAAGUCUGCUGUUCAGCCUCCGGUAUCUGGAACCCAGCAGCGGCCCCUGUCGCGUUUGAGCCAUCAUCACCGUAGCAAAUCCUUUUCAGCUGCGAAUGAUGUUGGUCGUUCUUCAAGCGCUGACCGCUCCCACACGCCAGGCAUGAUACCGAUUGGAAGACCGGAAUCUCGUGCUGCCAGUCGCGGCCGACAGCCAGGGCCCCAGCCGCUCCCCACCUCCCCUGCUCGAUCGGACCCGACCACGUCGAGUUCCUUCCGCACAGCAUCGGUAGACACGGUGGCUGCGAGAGCUUUCUACACUCAGCCUCGGGGCGGCACAGCUAGCACGACACGAGCUCAUCGCGGCCAUUCUCAUGGGUCUGGGUACCGACCCCGUCGUCACCACUCUCAUAACAGAGAGAUGGUUGAGUUUGAGAGAUUUGAAGCCAUCAUCUGCCCAAACUGUCCAGUCCACGGACGGAGACGAUCGGAUUCCAACGUUAAUGGCGAAUCGUCCCGCUCCGGGGCUGCUCGCGGACAGGCAACCCCGCGCAAUAGCCCGCCUACGGACGCGGCUGCUUCUGUCAACACGCAAGAAAUGCAGCCUCGGAGUGACGCCGGAAGUGAUGACAGCGUAAGCCGGGGUAGAGCUGGAGAUGCCGCGCAAAAUGCAACCGGGAUUGGUCCCAGAGAACUGGAUUCGACGUCGCGCACUGAGAGCAGCGGCCGUAGCUCAUCCCGAACGAUCUCCACUUCGGGACGGUCGCCCGCCACACCUCCCUUUUUUAAUGCAGCCACUCCGAAGGCAAUGAGGUUCUCUGACGAAGAAUACGAGACCAAGUUGUCUCCGGGUGCUGAAGUGGAAAUGACAGAGCUGUCAACGCGAUGCUCCGGCAAGUCAAAGCUCCAGGGCUUGGAGCUGCGCCACAGCACGCUGGCGUAA